CCUAGCGGAGGAAGUGCACGCCACACCCAUAACAGGUUUGCGGUCGCAGCGUCAAAUCCUUGUGGAGCAAAGUCAACAAAGUCAUACCACACAGUCAAGAGUAAUCUGGAAUCAGAUGGAAAUCGUCGACCUACUAGAGCGCCAGCUGCAAGACAAAUCGGGGGUAUAAGUAAAGUAGAACGUAAAGAUGAAGAAAGAAGAACAAAUAGGAGUAACGGUACAUAUAGAGAACCUAAUGAUGAGAUUUUAAAGAUAACGAAACAGAUCAAGAAAUUAUUUAACAACAUAAGAGAUGGAACAAAAGAUAAAAAUGUAAAAGAAGAGGUGUUCCGAAAUGAACCAGAUUCUUCAGAAGAUAUGUUAAAGUGUAUCGAAUGGUAUUUCCGUCAAUAUCAACAGGAAAUAGAAAGGUAUCAACAAGGAAAGAAAAACGUUGAGGCAGAAAUUGUAAAACUAGCUAAAGACGUCAUUGAUGCAGAUGCUGGUAUUGAAAAAGAAAUACACGAACAAAUUAUAAGUAUUCGUUUGCAAAUGGAACAACAGAAACGCACAUAUUUAGAGAGACUGGAAGAAUUAGAACUUAAAUCACAAUACAACAGACAAGUCUUUGGAGAUUUAUGUACACUUCUAAAAAUAGAUCUUGAACCACGGCAAAAAGGAGGAAGUAAUGACAAUUGGAAGGUUAUUGUCGAAGAUAUAAAAAGGUUGGUUGAAGACAAAGAUCACUUUGUUGAAUAUGCUGAAAAAUGGCUAAAGGAUAUAUCAACAUUAAUUACUAGAGAACCAUUUUCGGAGCAUUUUGACACAAAACUUGCACUAGUACAAGAGCCUGAUUUUCAGCAACUUUUGUCUGGCAUGCAUAAUGUUCAGUUGUGUUUAGAAGAUUAUCUUAAAAGCCAUAAAGAGAAAUUCGUGAAAAUUGAAGCUUGGAAUGAGUUGAGAGAAUGUCGAAAAAGAUUGCAGAAAGAAAUAGGAGAACUGAAGGAAGAAAAAGACGUACUUUUAAACAGAUUAUCAAAAAUGGCUGGAGCAAAUUUAACAGACAACAAUCCAGCUAUAGCUGAUUUGAGUGAUCCAAACAGAGCAACUAAACUUGCCGAGCAGUUUUCUGAGCUUUACGAUAAUUCUUGGACCGAUGCAUACGAGGUUCUAGAAAUAUCUGACGAAAAAGAGUGUAUCCAGUACCUGCUUAAUAUAAUCGUGGUGAGCCAAGACAGCGGUUUAAACCUAUCUAAACUCCAGUCAAGAACCUUAUCAGAUUUACGAAAAACAUCCGCUGAUUUGUCGAUUGUAGAUGUGAAAUCGUAUAUUGCUGCAAAGAAUGAGAACUGGUUAGAAAAGGUGAAUUUAAAACAAUUCACUUUGUCAUGCAUCGAGCUCUGCUGGUUUAUGCAUCUUCAGUCGCCACCUGUUUAUCUGGAUGCCACUCUUGUGUCAGGCUCAACGUUUGAUACCAACAAAUAUAAACCGUACACUAAAUCCGGGAAAGGAAAUUGA